AUGCAUUCUUUCUUUCUCCUUUUCUCUCUCUUCUUUUUUCUUUCGUUCUUUCUUUUCUCUUUUAUUUACAUAUUCGUUUUUUUUUCUUUUUUUUUUCUUUCUUUCUUUCUUUUGGUUCCUAUUCUUUUAGAUACGGAUGAUUUCUUUUUCUUUCAUUCUUUAUUUCUUUUCAGGCUAUUAUUCUUUCUUUGCUUGAUUAUAUUUUCUAUUGAUUUAUUCACACGUUCUUUCUUACUUUCUGCUUUUCUUUCUUUUCUCUCUUCCUAUUCUUAUCUUUUAUUUCCUUUUUCUUCUUCUUUUUCUUCUUCUUUUCUUUCUUUCUUCCUUUCUUCCCUUGGUUCUUCCUUUGUUUCUUCUUUUCUUCCUUUCUUUCCUUCCUUCCUUCCUUCCUUCCUUUCUCCCAUUCUUUCUUUUUUUCUUACCUUCUUUCUUCCUUUCUUCCCUUCUUUCUUCCUUUCUUUCUUUUCUUCCUUUCUUUCAUUCCUUCCUUCCUUCAUUUCUUUCUUUCUUUUUCCCUUCUUUCUUCUUUUCUUCCUUUCCUUCCUUCCUUCCUUUCUUUCUUUCUUUCUUUCUUUCUUUGAAGAUUUUUUCUUUGUCUCCCCUUAUUCUCUCUCUCUCUCUCUCUCUCUCUCUCUCUCUCUCUCUCUCUCUCUCUUAUUUUACCUUUUCUUUCGUGGUAUAUUCAUUUUGUUUCUUUCUUUUUCAUCGUUUUUCUUUUCAUUUCUUUUCAUCCCCCAAAUAAUUGUUUACUUUCAUUCUUUCUUAUUUAUUUAUUUCUACAAUUUAUUCCUUCUUCCUCCUUAUUCUUUUAUUUACGAACUCUUUCGUUUUCUUUCGUUUCUUUCUUUAGUUUCUUCUUCUUUCUUUUUCUUUCUUUCUUCAUUUCUUUUGUUUUCCUUCUCGCUAUUGUUACUUUCUUCCUUUACUUCCGUUUUUAUUUCCUCUGCUUUUGCUUCAGCAUUCUUCCUUUCUUUUUUCUCUUCUUCUUUAUUUAAUUUCUCACACUUGACCCAUUCUUUCUUUCUUUCUUUCUUUUUUUCUUUCUUUCUUUUAUUUACGUCUUCUUUCUUUUUAAUUCGUUCGUUUUUUUUUAUCCAUACUAAUAUUCAGUGUAUCUUUCUUUUAUUUGCGUCUCCUUCAUUUUUAUUCCGUUCUUUAUUUCCUUUGUUUUCCAUCUCGCCAUUACUAUUUUCUUCCUUUACUUACAUACUUCUUUUCUUUCUUUCUUUCUUUCUUUCUUUCUUUCUUUCUUUCUUUCUUUGA